AUCGACAAAUCGACGGAUUCUGCGGUUCUGUAGUUUUAAGCUAAAACUACAAGCAUGAAUUACGUUGUAUUUUUUGGUGUUUUGACCGUCGUAAAUCUCUCAAUGUUAACUGGGCUUCUAAUCUACAGGCAUCAAUUGGUUAAAAAAGAAGCCGCUAACCACUUGAUGAAUAGGCCUACAGAAUAUUCGUCCAGUCAUCAUGUUACCACAAAUGGCGCAAACACAGACAUUCCAUCUACAGGCAUUCCACCAACAGGCAUUUCAUCUACAUCCAAGGCCGGAAAAGUUUACAAAGUCGGCGCCUUCGUGAAAGAUGACAAAGGAAAGAAGUUGAUUUCCAUAGCAACUACGAAGAAAAAUUUCAAGAUGGCGUGUCUCCCUUUGCCAGAGGCUCGGCAACAUUGUGCUACCAAGACGAAGGAAACUCAUCUGCAUUACGUAGAACUUCUAGAUGGACCGGACAUGUUUGAGGCUUACUGUACUUCGGACCCCUCCGUCGUCCUGGACAACGUCAAACACCUCUGCUCGCGCAAUGACUGUGGCGGAAAUGUGUGCACAACGGUAUACGUGUUGCUAAUCAGAGUGAACAAAGGGGAUAAAGAAGAAUGCAAGAUUAAGAGCUUCGCUUCGCUGAACGGUGGAUUCCAAAAACGUGGCGAAGACGAUUGCCCAACACAGUCACAAAGGUCAAAAUUGUUGGACGAAUGCGAGGCAAAAGAUAUGAUCAGUCUUGAAGAUACGGCAUGGAGUAAAGAAGCAAAUAUUGAAUCUUUAUGUAAAGUAGAAGAUGCCCCUACUAGUAACUCUGCUCCUGAACCAGCACCGGCUGCGGGAACGUCUUAACCAACAGAAGAGGAAAUGAGUCAACCAUGUCUUAGUUUUGAAGAUAAAAAGACAAAACUUGAAUUUACCAUUUUAAUUUUAAUUACAACCAUCCUUUAUCCAAUAUGGCAUGAUCUAAUAUUAGGCAAAUAUUCCUGUAGAAAAGUAGCUAUCAAUUCUACUUAUAUUCUAAUUUAUAUAUAUACAAAUUCAUUAUAUAUAAUGUAUAUACUUUAUAUAUACAGUCAAAUUCAUCCGUCAUAAACAGUGCCUGAAAACGAUAACAAUCAAUUCUACUUACUCAGCAAUUGAAAACUUAUUUAAAUAGACAUCAAAUAAUGUAAGCAAUUUGCUU